UUGGCCAUGACUAGUCAAGACAUCGAGGUCUUCGGGCGCGGCACGCUCAGGCACGGGAACCUGCCAACGCGCGGGCUAUCGGUCCUCGAAGCAGUCAUCCGACUUGGCAAAAGAAGGAAAGGGGCGAUCUCUGAACACUGGCAGGGUCUGCAGCUACUGGACAUCCUCUCAAGACUCCGCUGGUGCCGGCCGGCUCGUGACCGGGCUCUGGAGAAUAUAAGAGCAGAUCUCGAACCCCCUUUGCUUCAAUCUGGUCCCAUGCAUCUCCUCCUCCAAACAGCGAUCGUGGUGUUGCCCAUCGCCUUCUACUACGUUCUGAGACCGAAGCGCAAUUAUGUUCCGGAUUUUCCAGGUCCAGUCUCUCCUUCGUGGCUGUAUGGUGGGUUCUGCCCUUCAAAGCGGUCAGUCAGGGAGGUGGUAAAUAUCGCCUAUGCAGGGAACUUGGCCGAACUUCUCCUUGCCCCGGUCUACGGCCAGUACGAGUUUACCUGGCUCAAGCGGUUUGGAAGCGUAUACCAAAUCCGGGGUUGUUUCGGACGCACACACAUCGUCAUCGCGGACCCGGUGUCGAUGAACUAUGUGUUCAGCAGCCCGAAGUGGGACCAAGCGCCUACGCUUUCAACAUUGAUGUGCAUGGCUACCGGAUUGCAGAGCGUGGAGGGCUUCAGAGCUGCGGGACCUGAGCAUCGUCAUUUACGAGGGGCGCUCAACGGCGCGUUCACAGCCUCUGUUGUCCAGACCUACGAACCAAUCUUUGAGCGCGUUGCUGCCGGGAUUUCCGAAAGAAUUGAUUCGAGCCCCACGAACACUGUCGAUAUCGCGGACAUUCUUUCGGCUGAAACGUUAUCGGCCAUCUCAAUGGCUUUGCUCAGCCGCCCUGUCGAAGAACUUGACCCCGGUUUUGUCCAGCUCAAUAUCAAUCUCUUGCGUGCCGCGGCGAGAUCCUCAAAGAAGGACCUCUUGUCAACCGAUUUACUGGCCAACUACAUCCCUCGGCGCUUACUCUACAGGCUGCUGAACUUCCGAAUAGCAGGGUGGCACGCCGUGACACGCGGCCGCGAUCUUGGUCUGGCCCUUGGACGAGCUGUUGUUGAGGACAAGUUGCGCGUUCGGGCAUCAGGCGAGGACCAAGGAAUCGAGGAUGGGUAUGAUCUGCUUUUAUCAGGCAAAGCGGGCACGGGGACCAAAAAUUUGGGGACCGAAGAACUGAUUGCCCAAACAUCCGUCCUUCUUUUGGCUGGUCAGGACACAACUAUGCCCAAGGCAAACACGCUGGCUUUCUGCCUGAUUGAACUGGCCCGCAAUCCCGCCCUCCAGGACCAGCUCCGCACGGAAAUACAGGCCCACGCGCCAGGACAGUCAUACAACCAGCUCCCACUUCUCAAUGCUGUCAUCAAAGAGGUGCUAUGGAUGUUUCCUACAGAACCUGUGACGGAUCGGCUUGCUUAUGAAGGUGACAUCAUCCCUCUUUCGGAGCCAGUUCUAGACCGCCAAGGGCAGAAGAUUGAGUGCAUUCCUGUUCGGAAGGGGCAAGUUGUGACGAUGGCUAUUGCCUCGUACCAAAGGAUGAUAUCCCAAUGGGGAUCAGACGUGAUGGAGUUCAACCCAAUGCGAUGGCUCGACGGAGGCUCUGUCCAGACCAGCAACAUCAUAGGCCCCUAUGCAAAUUUAAUGACUUUUGUGAGUGGAGCACGAACAUGUAUUGGGUAA